AUGCUCCGGAUCAGCAGAACAUUAAUUGACUUCCUUAUCAACGUUCAGCAAUGGCAAGCGAUCAUCGGCACGUCAUAUAGUCGAAAGGGCCGACCGAAACCGAUGGUUGAUCCGUCGUGCAUAACACCGCUCGAGAUGGCCGAAAUAAAGACAAUUGUCCGCGGUGAUGUACCGCCUCGUCGUUGCAGUUCAGAUACGCUUGAUGCGACGACAACCUUAUCCUCACCAGUGCAUUUUCAACAACCAUCCUCAAAUGGAUUCCAACAGUCGAAUGCUGAGCGUUAUCCGACUCGACAGCAACAGCCACAACCUCAGUACACAUAUCUAAAGAAUUCGCAUCAGGUCACAAGUUUUCCGGUGCUCGACCCCAGAUGUGCUCAAAUGAAUUCCACAACCAACCAGUCCGUCCUCACCUCCACCUCACCACAACCUGUUCAUCCCUCUCAUCAUCCCGUUUCAUCUCGAUCGAUGCAAAGUAACGUCCAGGCUGGUAUAUGCACCCCAACAACUACGUUCAGCUCUUCAGAGGCCGCAUCAGCCUAUCGACCUGGUGCAACAACUAUCGGCACUCAACCUUCACAACAACAUCCUCCCAAACAAGAUCAACAAAAUUCAAAUCGUCUUUCUCAUCUGCAAUUCCGUGCAGCGUUGAAGAUGGUUGUUGGAACGGGUGAUCCUCGCAGUGAUCUGACAAAUUACACGCAGAUCGGGGAAGGCUCUACCGGGAUCGUAAUGACUGCGAAUCAGAUAUCAACUGGACGUUGUGUAGCUGUUAAACGAAUGAAUAUCUUGAAGCAGCAAAGACGAGAGUUGCUCUUCAAUGAGGUGGUGAUAAUGCGAGAUUAUGAACAUGCGAAUAUAGUGCAGAUGUAUGGGUCGUAUUUGAUAGAGGAUGAGUUGUGGGUCGUUAUGGAGUAUAUGCAGGGCGGUGCACUCACUGAUAUCAUUACACAGAGCAGAAUGACUGAAGAGAUGAUCGCAACGAUUUGCGUUCAGUGUCUGCGGGCACUCGAGUAUUUGCAUUCGAGGGGAGUGGUUCAUCGCGACAUCAAAAGCGACUCGAUAUUGCUGUCGAAGAACGGUGUGGCGAAACUGUCAGAUUUUGGAUUUUGUGGACAGCUCUCAGCAGAUGUACCGAAGCGCAGAAGUUUAGUGGGAACGCCGUAUUGGAUGUCACCUGAGGUGAUAAGUCGCAUGCCGUACGGCACAGAGGCAGAUAUUUGGUCGUUGGGUAUAAUGCUGAUCGAGAUGGUGCAAGGCGAACCACCGCUCUUCGACGUGCAGCCACUGCAAGCGAUGCGAAUCAUCAGAGAUAUGCCCUCGCCGACGUUCAGCCCGAAUGCAAACGUAUCGUUCGAGUUGCAGUCAUUCCUGGCCGCAAUGUUGGUGCGUGACCCUUCACGACGAGCCACUGCCACCGAACUGCUGCAGCAUCCAUUCCUGGCCAAGGCACAGCAUCCAUCCAUCAUUUGUCCGUUAAUAACUCAACUCGCCAAUACUCGCUCAUGA